AACUAAUUCCAUAAACCAAAAAUAAUUUCUCGUCAUCCAAUUAGAUGCUGUCGGCUGUGUCGUGUUCCGCCGGAGCAGUAGUUGUAAAGGAGCAAACGGUUCAACGCUGUGGUCCGGGACGGCUCUCAAAGACGGAAUGGGUGCGAGGUCACCUCCUCCGUCUCCUCCCUCCGCCUCCAAUUCCCAGAACUCCGCUACACACCCUAUCUCUCAAGCUUCACCCAAGCCCCAGGUUGAUGGCGCAACUAACAAUGGGGUCCCCGAUGUUCUCGACAAAAAACCUGACUUGGCUUACCCAUUUCAUUCCAAAUUCAAGGCAAGAUGAUGCAACAUUCUUAAUGUUGGUUAGGGAAUUGGACAAUGCAGACCACGUGGAGAAAUACAAUAAAUAUGAGGCUGACUAUGUUCGUCGAUUGCAGGCAAAAUACUUCUCCAGGAAGAACCUUUAUGGAGGCAACAUAUUUGAUGAAAAAGCGACAAUAGAUGGGGAGACUAUAAAGUCCAGCAGGUGGCCUUGUACAAGAUCAUAUGCAGAUCCUGUGUGGGGUUUUGAAGACCUCAACAGCAGCAGUUCAACUUCCACUGCCAUAGUCGAAGCACUUACUAGUGUCCCAAAUGGGAAGCAUGUAUUGAACAAGAGCUGUUGAUGAUGGCUGCAUUUGUUUUUGUCUCACUUUUCCCUGCCCCAAUUUGCCAUUUGGUGGGUAGUAAUGUACAUAAGCUAACUGUGGCUGACAAAAAGAGAGCUAUGAAUGAGUUGAAGUAAGCCAACAUUUCAUCAUUUUCUUCUGGUAAAUCAUAGCCUACUUUCUCUAGCAGACCUCAUAAAAUUAACAAGGUCAAUGUUGCCCUAUCUUUAGGAUUGGGACCAGAAUUGAUGUAUUAUAUUUGUAUUAUUGUCAGAUUAUGGGGCUGCCGCUCAACUUUUGCCAUUAAGCUUAUGGAUUUUUUAAUUGAUUAA